UGUUGUUUGUGUGCAGAAUUAGGUUUACCAACUCUUCACCGCUUUAAAGCAGCUUUCGGUAAAGAUUGGGUCUCUCAUGUCACUUAGAUUUCUUCUACUUCUGUGGGAAGGCCUAGGAGGAUGCUUACUGGACGACAUUCAAAGGAAGGUUCACAACAAGAAAAGGCUGUGCAUAGCUCAGAUAAAGCCAUCUCUAAAACCGAAGAAAGAACAAAAAGAAUGGGGCAACAAUCAAUCGUUCAUAGCGGAGAAGUGGCCCUCUGUAAAAUCAAGGAAUAAGAAAAAGAAACGAGAUCCUAAUGAAACUCGAGGUGGACGGCUGGCCCGUCGUGCUAGAUCUUUCAAGGAUGAUUUUCUUGGCAGGAUAAAUCAAAUGAGAAGUCCAUCAGGAAACCGAGCAGCUUCACCUUGUAAAAAUACCAAAAAUAAGAAUAAGACUGUUCCUGACACACAAGAUGAAUCUCCUUUGAAUCGUCCUGGCAAGGAUGUAGACACUAUAUUACGCUCAGUUCGUCUUCUAUCUACAGAUCUUAGGUAUUUUCAGGAUGUUGUAGAGAAAAAUAUUUUGGAAAUGUUGCCAGGUUCAGCAACUGUGGUUCUAGAAACUGUUUUGAAUAUUCAUUCUGCACUGAGAGAAUCUUUAGUCAAUGAACAGAGCUCAUUAAUGUUAUCUGCUUCAAACCAAGUAUAUCAAACAUUAGCUAAUCUUAUUCGUUGGUCUGACAAUAUAUUAUUAUAUGGUGAAAAAGCUGUUGAAAAAGAAAAUGUUGUUGAGGUUGUGCAAGCUGUUCGGGAAGCGGUAAAGAGUUUAGUGCAGCUUUCUCUUGAUCGUUUGCAACAUAAAGACUUAAGAAAUUCAAAUGAUUUUAGUUCACAACAUGGCAUUCUGUCCUCACCUAAACCUGAAAGUCCUCACCGAAAUUCCCUUCCCGACAUACCAUUAACUCCACGAGAAAGGGAAAUUCUUGAGCAAACAAAAAUAUCAGAGGUUUCUACUUUACCCCAACUACAUCAUUCUGCUUCUUCAGAUAGUAUUUUAGGAUCAGGGAACUCUCUGCGGCUAAGUGAAGUUGAGCCACCUCCAAAACCUCCACUUCCAGCAUUUAGAGAAAGAAUUACUGUUGAAAGCAAUUCAAGCUAUGAAGAUUCAAUUCUUAAUUGCGAUUUCCAGUUAGAUUCUGCUCCUCCUUUACCACCCAAAAAGAAGCUUGUGAAUGCGACAUCUGUGAAUUGUGACCAAACUAGAAUAAUUCCAGUGACAGAUAAUAGCAAUUUGUGUGGCAGUUGUGGUUCUAUAAAUACAGAGUUAAACUCACUGUGCACUGUGGAUUGGACUAGUCCAUGUAGCCAGUCUCCUGAAAACUUAACUCCAAUUAGUAAAUCGUCAGCUUCAAGUUUAGACUCAAAUUUAAACAAUUCAGUAGAUGAUUUAUCUUUCAUGAAGUAUAAAUAUUUAAAGUGCUCUGAUACACAAGAGUUUUUAUACUCCAAACAGCAUUUUCUUCCUGGUUUUACAUCUCAAACAUAUAAUUGUGAACUUUCUUCUUAUACCUCUACUAUGACAACUGCAUCAACUUCUAUAUCUUUGCAUUCAAAUGGUGUUUCAGAAAAUACACAAGAAUUUUUGGAGUCAGUAAAUGAAAUCCGUGUUCAAAGUAAUGAGUCUAGUUUUCAGCUAUCAACUAACAGUCAAAGUGAACCUCCUCCUGCUUUGCCAGUUAAGCUUCGCAAGUUAAGAAAUCUCACUAUUUCCCAAUAUGACAAUAUGCCACAGUUUCUUGUAUCUGAUUUAGAUCCUGAAUGUGAAGGUCAUAGUCCUCAGUGUCCUCAUGUACAUAGUCCACAGAGUUGGCUAGGUAGUAGUCACGCUCCUUUAUGUCCACAUCAUCCAGGUAGUAAAGAAACUAAUGAAAAUGGAAAACCACCCCCUUUGCCUCCUAAGGAAAGAACAAUUAGGGCAUACAUGCAGAUGUUUGGGAGCUAUUCUCAACCAUCAGAAUCUGAAUUCCUUCGUCAUUCUGUUCAUACUUAUAAAGUUGUGCAAGCUAACUGGCAGCAAAUUGAGUUAUCAUUUAUGCAGCAGCCAUCUUUCAAUAGCAGCUACAUCACAAGCACGGAAGAAUCAAGCUCUGUUUAUGAUGUGCACCACAUGCAGUCUUCAUCAGGAAAAAAUAUUGAAGAAGAAGAGGAAAUUGCCGCUAGUCCUCCAUCUAUCCCUCCAAAAAAGAAUAGAGUUAGUUCCAGCAGUCGGAAUACUUUGAAGUCUGAUGAGUUCAAUUCAUGUGCUCCUGCAACUCAUUCUCCUGUUGGUCCCACUGAUGAAUCUGCAUCACCUAGUUUUGCACAAAAAAAUUAUGAGAAAGCUAGUGUCCUCUUGCCUUCAGUUGAUGGAGAAAAUUCAGCAGAACUUCAAGGAGCAUUGGAUGAACUGGAUCCAACUGAAUAUUUAAUAAUGAAAAAAAGUGUAUGCUUAUAGUUUUAUUUUAAAGUUUUUUAUAUUUUUUAAAAUUAAGUGUAUAAGUUAUUUUUAUUCAUGGUAUUUUUAUUUGUUUGAUAAAAAAUAUGUUUUAUUAAUGACUUCUGUAAUAUAAUUUUGCUUUAACCUCUAAUAUGGAUAUAGCACAAGUCCCAGUGACCAAAUAUUUAUAUUUCAGUUUAUUUCUCUUCUUAAUUAAAUUGGAGAAUUUCAUACAUAUUUCAUUAGCUUCAUCGUGUGCAGUAAAAAUAAUAUUUAAUGUAUUUUAUUUUGAAAUUAAUUAAUUACAUCUGCAUAACAUAGGCAGUGUUAGUUUAUUUACGAGGCUGUGAACCCUGAUUAUUCUGUUAUUCACAAGUUUUUCACCAAACAUGUUAAAGGGGAAAAAAAAAAAAAAAAAAAAAAAAAAAAAAAAAA